AUGGCUUCCCCAGUAUUGAUCAUCGGCGCGGGCCUGGGAGGUAUUUGUCUCGCUCAAGCAUUGAAAAAGAACAGCAUCCCAUUCAAGCUAUUUGAGCAAGAUGAGAGGAGCAACUUCCGUGCCCAAGGAUACAGACUACGAAUAACUCAACACGGCAUUGACGCGUUGAAAGAGGCUUUGACGCCCGCGCUUUUCACUCUGUUCGAGAAAACCUGCGCCGAGAUACCAAGCAUGGGGGUGCGAUGCAAGCCUGAUGGGACAUGUAAUUCCUCCCCAGGUGCCUUUGGACCACCACCGGGGUUCCAGUCCAAAUCAUAUACAGUGGACCGCAGUACCUUUCGGGAAGCAUUCCUGGCCGACCUUGAAGGCGACGUCUUCUUCGGAAAGAGCUUCGAGCAUUACACGAUCCAUGAGGACAAAGUCACUGCAUCCUUCGCAGAUGGAACUACAGAGGAUGGAUCCCUUUUGGUUGGAGCCGACGGUGUUCGAUCCAGAGUUCGCAAGCAGUACCUGCCCGAGUCUCAAGGCCUGGACACCGGCACACGAAUUAUCUUUGGCAAGACACCAUCCACGCCCGACCUUCUCUCGAAACUCCCUGUGGAAUAUCAUCAUGGCAUGAGUCUUGUGACAGACCCAGAUGAUGCGUCUCAGCCGUGCGUUCUAUUCGAGUCGAUAAACUUCCCAUACGAAGCCGAAGUCACAAAGCUUCGAUUGCCGGCGCCUUACAUGUACUGGGUUUUGUGCACACAGCGCUCGCAGCUCCCAUCCUCUCUUGAGAAAGGGUGGCACGUAAGCUCGCAAGAAUCGGCAGAUCUGUCAAUUCAGCUCACGAAGUCCUGGAGCCCGUCGCUUCGGGCCAUAUUUGAAAUGCAAGACGCAAGUCAAACGGCGAUGAGAUCUCUCUUAUCUGCUAUGCCGGAGCUUGCUCCCUGGGAACCUUCCAAUCGGGUGACGCUCCUCGGCGAUUCUAUUCAUGCCAUGCCCCCCACGGGUGCAAUGGGCGCCAACACUGCUUUACGAGAUGCGGCUGAUCUCGCACGUCGAGUUGUGGAGGCUGGCGGUAUUGCCAAGGUAGAUCAGGGGGUUAUUGGAGUUUAUGAGGUUGACCUGCGUGACUUUGCUAGAAUGGCAAUCGACCAGAGCUGGAAAGGUGGGAUGAAGAGCUUUGGAUUAAAACCCGUGGAGGAAUGCGAGCGAAUCUUGUUGUAA